UGUCUGAAUUUAAAUCUUACUUAUAUACUCUUUGUUAAAUCUUAUAAGCAUUUUGAACACUUAACAGUUGAAUACUACAUAUUACUAAGUUUACAAGUGCUUAUCUUUAUUAUACUCUGGCUGGUGCAUAUUCACAAGUAAUCAUAUAUCGUUUAGAUCAAAAUUUAAGUUUUAUUUCAAUCCAAUUUUUAUACCACCAAAAUGGUCGGCAAGACUAAUAAGUUAUAUGUACUUAAAAGAGAUGGGAAAAUGCAAGAAGUACACAUUGAUAAAAUUACAUCAAGAAUAAAAAAAUUAUGUUAUGGUCUGAAUAUGGACUUUGUCGACCCGGUCUGUAUAACUUUGAAAGUUAUAAGUGGCAUUUACUCUGGAGUAACAACUGUCGAACUGGAUAACUUGGCAGCUGAAACUGCAGCUACAAUGACAACUGAUCAUCCAGACUAUGGCAUUCUAGCUGCUAGAUUAGCAAUAUCAAAUUUACACAAAGAAACCAAAAAGCACUUUUCAGAGGUAGUUUCUGACUUACAUAAUAUCAUCAACCAAUAUACAAAAAAAAGAGAGUCAAUGAUAUCAGAAUUUCACUACAAUAUUGUUAUGAAACAUAAAGACAGACUCGACUCUGCGAUUGUUUAUGAUCGUGAUUUUAAAUACAAUUAUUUUGGAUUCAAGACUCUAGAAAGAUCAUAUUUGUUGAAAAUAAACCACAAGGUUGCAGAACGACCCCAGCAUAUGCUUAUGCGUGUUGCUGUUGGCAUACACGGGGAAGAUAUAGAUGCAGCUAUAAACACUUACAAUUUGUUAUCUGAAAAAUAUUUUACUCAUGCAAGCCCAACAAUGUUUUCUGCUGCGACUCCAAGACCUCAAUUGUCUUCUUGUUUUCUUGUAGCUAUGAAAGAUGACAGUAUCGAAGGAAUAUAUGAUACACUAAAACAAUGUGCAUUAAUUUCCAAGUCAGCUGGAGGUAUCGGUGUUCAUGUGCAUUGCAUAAGAGCUAAAGGAACUUAUAUUGCUGGUACAAAUGGGAUUUCCAAUGGUCUUGUUCCUAUGUUAAGAGUCUAUAAUAACACUGCCAGAUAUGUGGAUCAAGGGGGUAACAAACGCCCCGGAGCAUUUGCAGUGUAUUUGGAACCUUGGCACGCAGAUGUCUUUGAAUUUUUAGAUUUAAAAAAGAAUACUGGUAAAGAAGAAGUACGAGCAAGAGAAUUAUUCUAUGCUUUAUGGAUACCAGAUUUGUUUAUGAAACGGGUAGAAAAAAAUGAAAAUUGGAGUCUUAUGUGUCCUCACAACUGCCCUGGAUUGGCUGAUUGUUGGGGUGAAGAAUUUGAAGCUUUAUAUGAAAAGUAUGAACAAGAAAAACGCUAUGUAAAACAAGUUCGUGCACAGGUUUUGUGGAAAGCAAUAGUAGAAGCACAAGUUGAAACAGGAACACCAUAUAUGUUGUAUAAAGAUUCUUGCAACAGAAAAAGUAAUCAAAAAAAUCUUGGCACUAUAAAAUGCAGCAACCUUUGCACAGAAAUUGUUGAGUAUACAUCACCUGAUGAAGUGGCAGUGUGCAAUUUAGCUUCCAUAGCUGUUAAUAUGUUUGUUGAAAAUAAAACUUUUAAUUUUCAAAAAUUAAAACAGGUUACUAAAACUGUUACACAAAAUUUAAAUAAGAUUAUUGAUGUUAACUUCUAUCCAGUGCCAGAAGCAAAGAAUUCGAAUAUGAAACAUAGGCCUAUUGGCAUCGGUGUUCAGGGAUUAGCAGAUGCAUUUGUGUUAAUGAGAUUUCCCUAUGAGAGUGAAGAAGCAAUUUUACUUAAUCAACAAAUAUUUGAAACUAUAUACUAUGGAGCUUUAGAAGCUAGUUGUGAAUUGGCAGAGAAGGAAGGUGUUUACUCUAGUUAUGAUGGAAGUCCUGCAAGUCAAGGCAUUUUACAAUAUGACAUGUGGGACAAGACUCCUACUGAUCUGUGGGAUUGGACUGCCUUAAAAGAAAAAAUUGCAAAGCAUGGUCUUCGUAAUUCCCUUUUGUUAGCUCCAAUGCCAACUGCUUCCACAGCACAGAUACUUGGAAAUAAUGAAUCUUUUGAACCAUUUACUUCAAACAUUUACCAACGCCGGGUAUUAUCUGGUGAGUUUCAAGUUGUUAACCAUCAUCUCUUAACAGAUUUAACCCAAGCUGACUUAUGGGAUGAAGAUAUGAAAAAUUUGAUAAUUCACAACAAUGGAUCUAUACAAAAUAUUGAAAAGAUUCCAAAAAAAAUAAGGGACUUAUACAAGACAGUUUGGGAAAUUUCAGUGAAAACAACUAUACAAAUGGCUGCAGAUAGAGGAGCAUUUAUUGAUCAGAGUCAGUCAUUUAAUAUUCAUGUUGCUGAACCAAAUUAUGGAAAAUUAACAUCUAUACAUUUCUAUGCAUGGAAGAUGGGAUUGAAAACUGGAAUGUACUAUUUACGUACUAAACCAGCUGCUAAUGCUAUUCAAUUUACUGUUGAUAAGACUAAAGUUAAAGCUAAAAAUGGUAAAUUAGAAAAAGAGGAAGCUGAAAUGUCUAUGAUAGCUUGUUCUUUGGCAAACAAAGAUGAAUGUAUGAGUUGUGGAUCUUAAUUACUUUAAUAAAUAGAUCAAUGUAGCAAGGAUCGGCAUACUUUAUUUAAAAUCUAAUAUAUUGAUUAGACUUAGAAACUGUUACGUUUUAGACAGUCUCUUUAGUUCUAUGGUUACCAUGUUACUAUUUAAAAUUAUUUCACAUAAACUUGAUAUUUAUAUUGAAGGUCUUUGCUGCAUUAGUUUAACAUAGGAAUAAGUAAUUUCAGAGCACGCAAAUCAUUUUAAUAAAAGGAUUUUUUACGAU